AUGAAGCCACUUUGCGGAGUUCUGUUUACGGUGCUCUUUGCGUUGUGCUUUGCGCUUUGCAGUGCCGAAAAUGUUCCCAACGCCGGAACCAUUCAAAUGACCGAAACCGUUUCCAACACCGAAACUAUUCCCAACGGCGAAACUGUGGUAAAGACUGAAACCGUUUCCAGCACCGAAACUGUUGUCACGACCAAAAAUGUACCCACUGCCGCAAACGUUCCCCACGACGCCGGGCCGGAUCGCUUGUCGCUGUCUUUGGCCACGAGGGAAAGACUGCCGACAAGGGAGGACAGGACAAGGGCUGAUGCAGUUGCCAAGUGGAUCCACGACCGAAUAAAGAUCAAUAAGCAGCAAAGUGGCAUUGGUGAACCGACGUUACAUAUUUCAUCCGCAGACAGCAGUUCCGGGGGAUCCACAUGUUUUUUCACCCCUCUUUUGCUAAUGACCGUGCUUGCUUCAACCCUCAUGAGCUAA